AUUCUCUUCCCUGUGUCAAUGAAACACCUGCAUUUUUGUUUUUGGUCACUAGGAGGCACUGUGAGACCAUGAGCAACAAUUGAACUGAAAACGUGUUGUGAAUACGGCUUUUAUGAGACAAUUGUUGUUUUAACCUUUCUGAAGUUUCUUGGUAAAGUGACAGAGUUGGUGAGUAGCGUGGUGUCAAUUAUAGGUUAUUGUAGGAAGCCCUCGAACGAGUCUGGCGCGAGGCCGAAGAGUUCGGACAAAUCCGACCGAAAAAAAGGAGUCUAAAACCGUUGGAUUGCCGCCCGAGUAUUGGCCAAGUAUUGGCCAUGGCUCGGACAAGCUCCGGUCGAGCUACAGGCAAGCCAUUGACGAGCUCUCCGAGCUCAACGUACACCGCCACCGAGGCCUCGCUGGAAUUAAGCGCAGAGCUGCAAGUACCCCGCAAACACCGACCGAGCUGCUAAUUAGGAGUGUGUUGUGUACCGGAGUGGCUGACUCCCUUUGGCCAGCUGUACUCCUUUUAGCCAGUGGUAAAUCUGCACACUGGGUCGGGUAAAGCACCCCAAAGACGACCAGCGGAUAAUUGUCUAGGUUACGGUAUCCAGGGCAGACUUUAAUACCCUGGCUUUGUAGUGAAAACUCGGACGUGUUUCAAAUUGACGCCGAUACAUACGGUGUAUUUGAUAGUAACACAUAAAAAAUCGCUCGAGGCCCGCAUAAUCGCCAAAACGCCGGCCAUACUCCGGCCGAAAAUGUCCAUUUGGAGCUCGCAGACAAGUUGGCCGAGCUAAAUUCUUGAUUUGUAAAGGGGGCUUAAUGACAGUAAUGCACAAGCAUCCAUCUCAAAUCAUUUUCAUAUCACCAGCGAUAAAAGGGAAUUUAUCAUCUAUCUAGACACACGAUUUUGAUUAAUGCGCAAUUAUUUUUUGGCCCAGACUCUUUUUGGACUAUACGCUCGGAGCAAAGAGCCCAUUAAAGCAGGUCACAUACCAGACAGUUGUCUUUCCGCUUCCCACGUGUCACGUGACACGAAGUUUUCUCAACAUUAUACAAGCGCAGUUGAACACAAAGCAAGCACCCUACAGUCUCCAAGAUGACUUGCGGACAGCGAAUGAGAAGCGAAUUUCGCCUGAAGUCGUUUGGGCUGACGCACAACGAUCGCCACGUGUUCACCAGAACGCCGUGGCUGAGCAACAGAAACCAGUUGCCAUUCGUGCUGUACCGAGCUGCAGUAUGCGUGUACCAGGUGAUAGCUUUCUCCAUUAUACACGGAGUCUUGAUCCUGUUGCCACAGGAAAUACUCUGGAUACACCUGACUGAAUGGUGCUACGUCUUACUCACACUCCACAUUCUACUGAGCGCUACACUCUGCUUUAUUGACUACUACAAGUCUCGUUCCCAGCGUGAAGCAACAUCAGACGAGAACCUGUCGUCUGAUGUUGUCAUGGCGACGGGAUCUACCAUUUCACCCACCACCACAGGAGGCGGAACAAUCCAAACGAGCGUCGACCAGGACUCUGCCCAAAACCUGCAAAUACCAUGGCAGUACAAACUUUGUUGGGUGUUACACAACGUAGCCUUCGCCGCAGGGAUUUUAAUCACGAUUUUGUUCUGGGGAUUGGUUGGUGGUGCCGAUAAUAGCGCUCAAGAUCGUGAUAUCCUUAUCCACAUCAUGAAUGCUGUUACCAUAGUGAUAGACGUAAUGGUCAGCGGUCUGCCAUGCCGACUGCUACAUUUUGUUUACCCUUUGAUCUUUGGGGCUGUUUACCUUCUCUUUACUGUCAUCUACUGGGCCGCAGGUGGGAUUGGAAAGGACGAACUUCCCUACAUCUACUCCCCCCUUGACUAUGGGGGGAAUCCUGUCCUAGCCGCUAUUGUAGCUGUACUAGCUGUUGUAGUAGCAAUGCCAUUAUGUCACUGUGUCGUCUUCGCUCUCGCCUUGACUCGCGAGAGUUUAGCCAACUUAUUGAAGAGGCGUUCUUCACGUGACAGUCAGAAUGUUGAGGUCACCGCUCUGUAGACAUCCUAGUUCUAGAUGCUAAAGUCAUUCUAGAUUUUUCUACUUAUGUAAUGGCAGAUGUAUGGAUUCAAUUGCUAUGUAACAUUUCUCUUUAAUUUUCAUAUGCUCAAUGGAAUAUUUGUCGCUCUCGUAUGUGCCCUGUUAUCUUUAGUUGGUAACGUGAGUGGUCCUAAUCCCGACCUAUGUUCUACAUAUGUUGAGACCCUGUGGUUAUCAAGAGAGUAUGGUAGUCAACUGUUACACAAUAUCUACAUGUCGGGGGCACUGCGUAGCCUGGAAUCCAACGGGCCUGUAUCAUGAAUGGACACUCGUGCAUAUCGCAGCAGUGCCUGUUUUUCCAACUAGAUCGGUAUUAUGCAUGGGUCGGGCUUAGGACCAGAGACGUUAAUGUCCGGCUCCUGACAUAAUUGUAAGAAACAACCAUU